CCAACCCGGUGACGGAAGGCCAGGGGUGCAGUGCGGCAGACGUGCGUGGUUAGGAUUUGGGAAGAAGACAGCGAAAAAAAUAGGGAGUAAUUUAACGGUGAUAGAAAACGGCAGAAGAAAAGGUACGGCUUAAUUGGUGUAAUUGAUUUUUUAAAAAUUGAUGAUAUAUGUCCAAACGGCGUUUCCCAUACACGGGGAGAGGAGAGAGAGUUGAGAGAGGAAUACGGAAGUUGACUGAGCUGCGAUGGCAAGUUCCGGCGGCGGCGGGUCGGAUGAUUUCCCGGUGCUGGUCUUAGCAUCGGAUUUAGGCGUAGAUGCCCGACCCUUCUUAUCCCGAUCGGAGCAACAAGCCGGAGAAGACAGGUGGCACGACUAUCCCUCCGACCCACACGAAGACUUCUCCGAUCUCGAUGCGCUUCAAUUCUUUCGUCUCGAGCGGGGCUCCGAUGUUGCCGGUAAUCGGAUUUUUCGUAUCGUCGGCAAAUACUUUCCUGCUCUUGUAAUAAGCGCGGAGAGACUGAGAAAGUAUGUUCUUCAGAAAAUUCUUGCUGAGAUGCCAGAAGGGCCUUUCUGCAUUGUUUACAUGCAUAGUGCUGCGAGAAAGGAAGACAACAAUCCAGGCAUAACCAUAUUGAGGUGGAUUUAUGAAGAUCUUCCUUCUGAGCAUAAGGACCGGCUUCAGGUUCUUUACUUCAUCCAUCCUGGGAUACGGUCACGGCUUCUUAUUGCUACGCUAGGCAGACUCUUUCUAAGUGGAGGCUUAUACUGGAAAAUUAAGUAUGUAAGCCGGCUUCAGUACCUAUGGGAUGACAUAAAGAAAGGGGAGGUCGAGAUUCCUGAUUUUGUCCAAGACCAUGACGAUGUUUUGGAGCACAGGCCAUUGACGGAUUAUGGCAUAGAACCGGACACGUUGCAUUUGAAUGAGAUGCCUGCCACUGCAUACUCCUUGGGCAGGUUCGACUCUAGGUGGGCAUAUAGAGAGGCCAUGUCAUGAGGUCAUCAUCUACAACGACAACAUAAUUAAAUUUGUUACAGUACUACGUAUGUAGUAUAACAAAAGUUGUUGUUUUUGAAAGUUGAAACCUUAUUGUGCUUGUGAUGGAGUUACUCAUUACAUGAUUAACCAUCAAUCGCAUAUUCACAUCUAUACACCUAAUUGCAUUGCAAAUUAUAUUGUACAUUCUGGUGUACGUGCAUCCAGACAUGCUCCCAAUUUC